AUGGAAUUAAUGCCUAAAUUACAUGAAAUUCAAAAAGAAUUGUAAUAUUAUACUAGAUUCUUUUAAGAAAAUAAACUCUAUCAUUCUAGUAAAUGGACAGGAGAGUUAUUAUUAGGAUUAACACAAGAAGAAGAUUUAUAAUAAUCAUAAUUUGCAAUGUAAUUUAUACAAAAAAAUACAGAUUACAAAUAUUAAUUCAUUAGAGAAUUCGUUCCUGAAUAUAAUGAUAUCAUUUUAGUAGCUAGAAAUCUAUUUGAUUUAAGAGAAUUUAAGAAAUGUGCAUCAUUAUUAUAAAAUCUAAUCCAUAAAAAUGAAUCAGCAAUGUUCCUCUAUUAUUAUUCUUAAUAUAUGUAUGGAGAGUUGAGAAAAGAGGAAGAGAUGUUUGAGAAUGAAAACUCAAAAACAGCAAUAAAUCCAGAACUUAAAUUAUUAGAAAGAGAAUUAUCAAAAUUGUACAAUCAAAAAUAAUUAAAUUAAUUGAAUCUAUAUCUUUAUGGAUUAAUCUUAAAAGAUACUAUGAGAAUAAGAGAAGCAAGAGAAGUAUUUAUUUAAGUUUUGAAUCAAUUACCAUGUUUUUGGAGUGUUUGGUUAGAAUUAUGUAAAUUGUUAACAGAAGAAGAUACUUUAGAUGAAUUACCAAAUCAUUGGAUGAAAUUAUUUUGGAGUUCUAAUUUUAAUUUGGAAAAGUUUAAAAAUGCAAAUUGUGUAGAAUAAUUUUAGACAUUAUUAUAUUACUUUAGAAAUUCUAAUUUUAUCUUAAAUUAAAUUGCUAAUGCCUAUUAUAAUAAUUAAGAAUUUGAAUUAUCACUUGAAUGGUUUGAAAGAUUACUAAGUAUUGAUCCAUACAGAUUUGAAAGUCUAGAUACAUAUUCAAAUAUAUUAUAUAUAAAAGAAAAUUAAGGUGAACUAGCAAAUUUAGCAUUAUAAUCAUUUACAAAUAAUAAAUAUGUACCAGAAACUUGUUGUGUUGUUGGAAAUUAUUAUUCUCUUAUGAAUGAACAUGCAAAAGCUAUAAAUUAUUUCCAAAGAGCACUUAAAUUAGAUAAAGAUUGUUUAGCAGCUUGGACUUUGAUGGGACAUGAGUAUUUAGAAAUGAAAAAUGUUGCUUCUGCAAUAUAAUCAUAUCGAAAUGCAGUUGAAAUAGAUCCAAAAGAUUUCAGAGCCUGGUAUGGAUUAGGAUAAACAUAUGCAUUACAAGGAAUGAAUCAAUAUGCUUUAUAUUAUUUUAGUAGAGCAGUUAUUAGCAGACCAAAAGAUGCUAGAAUGUGGAAUGCUAUGGCAGAAUGUUAUGAUAAAAUGGAUAAGAAAAAUGAAUCUAUGAAAUGUUAUGAAAGAGCAAAUUAAUGCAAAGAUAAAGAAGGAAUUGCAAUUCAUUAAUUAGCAAAACUGUAUGAUGCAGUGGUAAGCUAUUAAAUUUUCUAUGGGUUAGGGUAAAACAGAUAAGGCAUUGUCUGCAUUUGAAGAGAGUUUAAAAAGAAAAGAUGAAGAAUAAAUAGUAGAUAAAGAAUUAUCAGAAUCAUUAUUGUAUUUGGCAAAAACCUUCUUGAGGAGGGGAGAAAAAGAAAGAGCCAUGCAAAUGGCUAAAAGACUAUAUGAUUUCAAUGGACCAGAGAGAGACGAAGCCAAUUUAAUAAUGAGUUAGUUAAAUAAGUGA